ACUAUCUUCGUUCUUCGUGUCUACAUUCUUCUUCCUGUUUUUGCAACAAAUUGAUAUAUCACAUUACGGUAAUCACAACAGCGAAAGAAAAUUGCGACUGUCGACAUAUAUGCAUGCUGCAUCCUCACAGAACAUAUACUUGCAUCCUGCACUUUCUGCACUGUUAGAUCUGUUCUUUUAGCGAGUUUACGCCGUUUGCGCCCCACGAAGCAGCGUGUCAAAAUGUACUCUAUUUCUUUUUUUUUAAAGACUACACUCUUGCGUGAUUUUCUAAUUUACAAAUAUUUACGAGAAGCAGCGCUUUUAUCUUGUAGAAAAUCAAUAUCUUUAAUUUUCACACAUCCAAUGGAGCUUGUAAGGUUUCUCGGGUCGCGCACCGUCGCACGCAGACGUACUCCGUGCCGCAUAGAGGUCUUUAGAGAAAGGAAAAUGAGAAACGGUAGCAGAUUGUUAAAAGUCCUUCUGCAAGCUUCAGAGAAGGCGGCGAACAUUGCCAGAACUUGCCGGCAAAAGGAGGCUCUUUUUCAGUUGUUGGUGCAAGAAAAAUCUCUGGAGGAGAAAAACCCUCGUUUCUUCCAGGAUUUCAAAACGUUAGCCGACGUUCUCAUUCAGGAAACCAUCAGGCACGACAUAGAAAUUGAAUUUCCAGAGCUGGCCAAGCUGGUGCAGGGCGAGGAAACCAAUGUGUUCAGCAAUACCAUGGGGGAAUCUAUUAUCGUUGAAGUCUGCUCCUGCAGCAAAGAUACGACACAGCUGCUGACGAAAGUUAUGGGUAACGACGCUGUGGCAGCGGAAUUGCUCGCUGCUGAAGUCCAUAAAGACGUUCAGCUUUCAGACGUGCCAAUCACGUUAGACAUCCCCAAUGAUUUCGACAUCAAUGUAGACGACCUCGGUAUUUGGAUAGAUCCAAUUGAUUCAACAGCAGAUUACAUAAGCGCAACGGAGGCAGUGGACGAGCAGACCGGUUUACAUUUGAGUGGGUUGCGUUGUGUCACUGUCUUAAUUGGAGCGUACAAGAAAAGUACGGGAGUGCCAGUUUUGGGUGUAGUCAAUCAACCUUUUUGCAUCACUGUGGACUCCCAAUGGACAGGAAAAUGUUACUGGGGUUUUCUGGGAGGAGGCAUCGCCAAGUCUUCCAUAAGCAGCACGUGCAACGUCGAUAAAAUCAUUUUGCUCAGCCGCUUCGAAGAUGCAGAUGUAAAAUCAAAGCUGUUAAACAGUGGAUUCAGAUUGGUGGAAGUAACCGGGGCAGGAUACAAGAUACUGAGCGUUGCUGUUGGACAAGCGGCCGCCUACAUCUUGUCGAAAGGUUCCACUUACAAAUGGGACACGUGCGGACCGCAGGCUCUCCUGUCAUCGGUCGGCGGAGGUAUCAUAGAAUUUAAAGAGUUUAUCGUGCAUCCAGAUUCGGACAAUUUGAGCGUCAACUAUUUACCUAUCGGGACAAAUUUCUCCAAUCGUGCAGGCUUGAUAGCUUACAGAGAUCCCCAAAUUUUGGAAACUUUCAAAUGUAUUUUAUGCAGAUCUCGUUAAUAAGUGUACGACGAAGAUACAUUGACGCUAAAGCUCGACAUUCUGCUAGGAAAAUUUUCACGCUAAUUACAUUACAUACUAUUUAGUUAUUUACUAUUUGGUUAUAUAGAUAAAAAUUAUAUUUUACUCUACAAAUUUUAUGUGAAAACUUCGAAAUGAUGUUUUCGUAGCAAUUUCUUAUGACUAUAUUUUGUGGUAUUAUCUGUAAACUUUGAUUCGAUUGUACAAUAUACUUAUUAUAUAAGUAAAUAUAUCCAGUAAU